AUGGGGAAUUGGGAUCCGAUGAAUAUGGUCCCAGCUGGAUGUGAAGAUGAUCUGCAUUUGAUACUGAGAUUGUCGACGUGUACAUUUUUAAUUAAAUCACUCACCAAAUGUUGGUUGUUCCAGGUCGUACGUGCCGCCAGCCCCGUACUGUUGAGGGUUAUAACUUUGGGCGCGUUCCUCGUCUACUGCACGAUCAUCGUCAUGUAUCCAAGGCCGAGCGUGUACACCUGCACUGCAAGGAUCUGGCUUCGAGAGAUUGGCUUUUCUUUAACCUACGGAGCUUUGAUGUUGAAGACCUGGAGGAUUUCGGUUAUUUUUCGCGUCCGCUCCGCCAAGGCUGUCAAAAUCACCGAUAUGAAUCUGAUGAAGCGUCUGGGAAUCAUCGUUGCCAUCUUCACUGUAUUUCUGAUGAUCAGAACUCUUGUAGCUCCACCGAUAGUGAUUGUUGGAAGAACUGCUGAUGAUUUGAAGGCUUACCUGUGCCGCACUGAUUGGUGGGACCAUUCCUUCAGUAUUUUGGAGGUCGUGUUCCUGGUGUGGGGCAUACGGCUUUGCAUUGUUGUGAGGAAGGCCCCGUCCGAGUUCAACGAAAGCCGCUUCAUCUCUAUGGCUAUCUACAAUGAGUUUCUUCUCAACGUGUUUCUCAACGUAUCCAUGUUGUUCUUGCAGAAACCUGCCAAUCCAGACCUCCUCUACAUCAUAUUCUUUUGCCACACUCAAUUGACCAUCACUCUUCUCCUCGUUUUGAUCUUCGGAAGCAAGGCUUAUAUGGUAUUCAAAGGACACGAUAAGACCGAUGAAAGCUCAGGAAUGAUGUCCAAGACCCACGCUUCUAAGUUCUUAGGAAAAAGUCGAUCCGGAAACUCUCAGUAUACUAGCACUAACUCAUCGCUCGCAGGAUUGGAAUGCUCCAAGAUGACUGAACACGAUGUUCAGGAGGAAUUCAUCCGUUUGUACACCCAACUGGAAUUACUGAAGGAGAAGAAUAUGAGAGUUGGAAAUAGGCAUUUGGCUUCGAAAAUUACAGCAAUGCAGGACGCCGCUAGUAGACAUGAUCAUGAGAAAGCUCCGAAAUUUGUAGAAACUAUCGCAGAAGAAACCAGCAUCGAUAUCGAAUCUCCACCAGUGGUUACAAUAAAAACUAAAAGACAAAGCGUUUCUUUUGCUGACAUCGAUGAUAAGGAGCCAUCUACAUCCACAGUUAAGGAAGCAGGUACAUCUUUCAUAGAACCAGUUGUUGAUACUACAUCGAAAACAUCCAUCGAGUUGAAGGAGGAGAAGUCUCCAGCAUCCAGCAUCGAUAGCGCUAGUAGCAGGAACGGACGGGUCCUUAAAUCCGGCCACGCCAGGACACAUGCCAUCGUCAUCAAUCUGGACGAUAAGAGUCGAUUCACAGAGGAGGUCACAGUCUAAACGAGUACUAGAAGGGUGUGAAACUGUAAUAACGAAAGAUUGUACCUGAACCUGAGUCAAUACCGAUUUAGAGCUAUCAGCACACCCAAAUUCUCCUCCUUUCGACUAUCAUAUUAAUAUAUGAAAAUAUAUAUAUGCAGGGUCUAUCAAAUGCUAAAUCAUCCAUCAUUUAGUGGGAAAAAAAAAUUAACAUACAAACCCGUUAUUAGAAAAUCGAAGAGAUGUAAUCAUUCAAACUUUGUCCAUUGAUUGUUGUGUAAUCAUUAUAAUAUAUAAUAGUUAAUGUAAAUUUUGGGACGGGUAUUUCCAUUAUGCAUUGGACGCGUACAAACGCGGCAGUUUACGAAACUAAUCAACAAUAUAUUUAUAUAUAUAUAAACAAAAACUUGUUAGUAGGCAAAUAUUGGAUAAAUUUAGAUUUACACGAAUGGGAUAAUCCCGUUUCUCUUAAUGCAUACCUAAAUAUAUGUGACACACUUUUAAUGAGAAUCCCGAGAUACAAUCCGUACAAGCCACCUUUUGCAUAAACCAUACUCCACUAACAUACUAGAUACCUUUAAUCUGCAGCAUAAUGCGCGUAACUCCUAAACAAUGUAUUGGUGUUAUAUGUUGAGGAUAGAUUUAACUGGAUAUAAGCAUCAAAUAGUUCACGUGUUUUUAAAAUAAUCUCUAGUUAUAUUAAUGUAAUAAGCAUAUGUACAACAAACAAAUAAUAUAUAUAUAUUUAUUAAGCCCGGAAUAUUCCUCAUAUGUGUACAGGUUGGUGUUGUCAGCAAAAUGUCAAUGGUUAUACCUCUUCGUAGUCGGCGAUGUCAUUCCGCGUCCGACCUGAAAUACCUAUUUUUGUUAUUCGAUGUGUAUAUGUGUGUCUUUAUAUGUUCAAUGGACAUCGAGGUAUUUGGGGUUUUCUUUGAACCACCCAGUAUAUAUAUGAUGUUGUAUACAAUAGCUUUAGCGUUUCGCUCGAGAUAUGUCACGCCGAGCCCAGACAUAUCAUCCCCCUUUUUAUCCCCAACCCAUACCUAAAAAAAACGUCAACCCAUUUGUUACGUUGGUAGUUUAUAGAACUGACUCGUCUGUUCACAGAUAUAUUUGUUUAAAACUUACAAUUAUAUAUACGAACGUUGAUUUCGCUAAGGAAUUUGAUUGUUAUGACCAUCCAGAGAUUUUAUACCCCGAGUUUUUAUAUGUUAUACAUGCUGUUAUAAUUUGUGUAUAUGUAAAUGUCUAUAUGUAAAUAACUGUAAUCACGAUACAAUUGCUGAACUAAGAUAA